AUGCCGGGCGCUGAUGCAAGCCUGAACGACAGUGACUGUGUGUUGCAGGAACACUCUGUUAGUUGUAUUACACUGGAUGACUCCCAUGAGGAUGCAAUAGAAGAAGGUGAACUGGACGACGAUGAGGAUGAAUCCUCCCACGACGGCAAUAUAUGUCGAAUAAUAUUUACCAGCGAAAACUAUGCCAAAUUUGGAUGUCUUAUUGAAGAAUGUAUCAAAGAGAAAUUAAAUGGCAGAUGUGAAAAUAGAAAAAUAGAAAUUUUACCCAAAGAAGAGGACAACAGCAUUACAUUGAAUGUUAGAUAUGCGACAGACAAUGAGAAUGAUUCCCAACUUGACGAAGAACAAAGCGCCACUUGUAAACCGGACUCCUUUGAGAAGGAAGAUUCACCAGACCUCAGCGGCAUUAGUGAAUUAUUUACUAUUGAUACUACACCGGCGGAGAAAUUGGAUAGCAUAAAAAUACCCUCCUAUAAACGAGCUAUAAAGGAUGCCCUCCUGGACGAAGAAGCAGCUGCAACUAAGAAACAAAAACAAGAAGAGAAAAAUAUGAAAGCAUCCAAAUCGAAUAACUGUUUCAAUUGUGGUGAAGCUGAUCAUAACAUAAGAGAUUGCCCGAUGCCACACAAUAUUAAACGCAUCAAAAUGGCCAAGAAGAACUUUGCCAAAACGGAACGUUAUCAUGUUGAUGUAGAGCAACGGUUUGCCCAUUUGAGACCGGGCAAUAUAAGUGAUAAAUUGAGGGAGGCUAUGGGUUUGCGAAAAGGCGAAUUGCCGUUCUUCUUUUAUCGCAUGCGUGUUUUGGGAUAUCCACCCGGUUGGUUGGAAGAUGCCAAGGUGGAACAUUCUGGCAUCAAUUUGUUUAAUUCGGAUGGAUCGAAAAUUUUGAAUUCCGAUGAGGAUGACGGCGAGGUGGAUGCAAACACUCACAAAUACAAUGUAUCAAAAAUUAUCGACUUUCCUGGUUUUAAUCAAGAUCCAGGUGAAAAUUUCUUUGAUGACUACAAGUAUCACAAUGUGCCGCCAAUGAACCGAAACCAAAUGAAAGAGGAAUUUGUUAAAACGCUCGGUGAUAAUGUGGUCAAAGGUUACAAACGCAAGAAGCUUAAAGAUUUUCCCAAAUCAAAUGCCGAUGAUAGCAUCAAUGAUUCCAAUCACAUACAAAUAUCAGAUAUGGAGAUUGAAGAUGUGGAGCCAAGUGAAAAUGUGGAAUUUGUGAGACCGCCACCACCAUCCGACCCGCCAGAAAUUGUGGAAGAGAUACCGCCCCCACCACCUCCACUGCCACCCCCAAGUCCUGAUCGUAGUAUGGCUCCCGCUUCACCAAAUUCACCAGAUUCUCCAUCUUUGGAUGAGCUGGAGGUGCAAAAGAAACAACUUUUAAAGGCAUUAAAUACAUCAGAUGUAGAAAUCGAUGAUUCUCUGGUCGACGAAAUAAUUGCAAUAGAAGACAGCAUAGGGGAUGAGGCAACAUACAAUGAGACAUCUAAUGAACCGCCAGCAGAAGAUGAUCUUAGCCAAGAGCCCGAUAAGGAUGUUAACCAACAACCAGGAAACGCAGCUAGCCAACAAUCAGAAAGCAAUGCAAGCCAAAACAGUAAUGAAGAUUCUAAAGAUUCUUGCAAAUCCUCCGAAACCAAUAAUGACAAUAUUGACAAAACCUACAUGGGUACACCGGUAUUGAAAUUCUCACCCUAUGAUUCAUUGCCAAAUGGUGAAAACUUUAAAGUUGGCGUCAGUGAUGUCAUUAAUUUUGAAAAUUUACCCGAUUCAACGGGUAAAUAUGAAAAUAUGAAAGAACUUAUAAAAAAGGUACGAACCGUUAUACAUAAAAUUCACAGCGAUGAAUAA